GAAUGCACCCAUUGCGUGCACGUAUGUUGAUCACAUCUUUCGAACUUUGAGAACAUUCGACAGAAUUGAAUUCUAGACUAUAUGUUUACAAAUGUAAUAGAAAUUAAUUAAAUUAAGACAUUUUACAGAAAGCAUUGAGUUACGAGAAUGGCGAUGCAACCUCCAACUGAAAUGGAUGCUGACCAAGUGAAAGUCUUUCGUGACUUCUUGGCAUCCUACAAUAAAGUCUCUGAAAUUUGUUUUGUCGACUGUAUACAUGACUUUACUACACGAGAUGUUGGGUCCAAAGAAGAGAAAUGUGCUCUUAAUUGCAUGGAAAAAUACCUGAAGAUGAAUCAGAGGGUAUCUCAGCGGUUUCAAGAAUUUCAAAUAAUGGCUAAUGAGAAUGCUCUGGCAGCUGCUAAAAAAUUAGAUCAAUGUAUUCCUAUAGAUGAUCAUUAGUUGAUAAAAAGUAAAAAAACACUGAGCACAUGAUAAAAAAUAUAGUCUGUAACAUGUUAUGUGUAUGUCACAAUCAAGACUGCAUACUUUUUCAUGUGGAUUAUACCAUGUUGCAAGACAAAAAAAAUGAAUUAU